AUGUGUGACAGGAAUGGUGGGAGACGGCUCAGGCAGUGGCUGAUCGAACAGAUCGAUAGUGGGAUGUACCCAGGACUGAUCUGGGAAAAUGAAGAAAAAAGCAUGUUCCGCAUCCCGUGGAAACAUGCUGGGAAACAGGAUUACAACCAGGAAGUGGAUGCUUCUAUAUUCAAGGCUUGGGCAGUUUUCAAAGGGAAAUUUAAAGAAGGUGACAAAGCCGAGCCAGCCACUUGGAAAACGAGGCUACGCUGUGCUCUGAACAAGAGCCCGGACUUUGAGGAGGUGACGGACAGGUCCCAGCUGGACAUCUCGGAGCCGUACAAAGUGUACAGGAUCGUCCCAGAGGAAGAGCAGAAAUGUAAGUCGGGUAUUGCUAAUGGAGGCAGCUUGAAUGAAGCCACUGACAUGGACUGCAGUCCUUCUGCAAUAGAUGACCUAAUAAAAGAGUCCCCCACUGUAGAUGAAUACCUUGGUAUAAUAAAGAGAAGCCCUUCCCCACCUCAGGAGAAUUGUAGAAACCCUCCAAUACCAGACUGGUGGAUGCAGCAACCUAGCCCUGCAUCUGUGCCCCUGAUGAAUGGGUACUCCAGCUAUGAACCGCUGCAUUCAGCGUACUCGCAGAUGGUGAUCAGUUUCUAUUACGGAGGGAAGCUGGUUGGCCACACUACUACCUCUUACCACGAAGGCUGCCGAAUUUCCCUGAGCCACGCCCCCGCCCACUGUGACAAGCUGUACGGCCCGGAGAGCCUGGAGCACGUGCAGUUCCCUUCCGCCGACGCCAUCCCGAAUGACCGCCAGAAGCACGUCACCAGGAAGCUCUUCGGGCACCUGGAACGAGGGGUGCUACUGCACAGCAACAAGCAGGGUAUCUUCAUCAAGAGGCUGUGCCAGGGGAGAGUCUUCUGGAGUGGAAACAACGUGCUGUACAGGGACAGGCCCAACAAGCUGGACCGGGAUGAGGUGGUCAAAAUAUUCGACACCAACCAGUUUGUCCGAGAGCUGCAACAGUUCUACAGCAGCCAAGGCCGUUUCCCGGAGAGCAAAGUCCUGCUGUGCUUUGGCGAAGAGUUUCCAGACACAGUCCCUUUACGCUGUAAAUUAAUCCUGGUACAGGUUGAGCAGCUGUGGGUUAGACAGUUGGUGGAAGAGGCAGGAAAGGUCUACAGCAGCGGCCCGAUGCUUCCGGUAGCUGAUGAGACCCAGCAUGACCAAAUAUUCAGGAUCUUCCAAGAUAUCUGCGGGACACACCAAAGACCUGUGUUUAGAGAAAAUCAACAGAUCACUGUCUGA